CUACCCAUCCAUCAGUCUAGAAUGACAAAAUAUAGUCCAGACCCCGCCCCUUCCUUCCUUCUUAAAAUCUCCUUGCCACUGCAAGUAAAUUUCGAGGUCUGCAAAAGAAGAUGCCCACGCUCAUCUAACGUUUUUAUGCUAUCAAAGAGUUGAUGUGUUUUGUAGUUAACAUUACUAACCCCUGAUAUGUGUGUCUCUUUAUACUUGAAGAAUGGGAUAUAUGAUGCUAAUGUUGCUGAAGAAGUUUUCACAACAACCCAGAACUAUGAGGACAUUACCGUUAUUGACAUUGGCUUACUGUAUGAGAUCCUGCAGCUCUUAGCUGACCAGAACUCUGAUACAAAUGUAACCGGUCUUAUAGUUGGAAUAGUAAACAACGUGAUGUUUGUCGACGUGGAUGUGCUAGCCUCUGCCCAAGAGAAUGGCAAUUAUGCUGCCCUUAUCGUCCAGGUCUUGGAAUCUCAGUUGAAUACCGUCGACAUUAACAACGGCACGCUUGACAGAGCUUAUCCUAAUAUAGCAGUUCAGGUGAUUGACGUCCCUUCAGAAACUGCUGGAGACGGCAUAGUGGUCACCAUAUUAAGUAUGGACACCGGUUCCUUGAGCAACAGUGACAUCAUGGUAGAAACACACCAAGACACACCUACUGAUUCUGUCCCAAGAGACACCUUUGCCAGGGUUGUUGUACCCAUCGAGGUAGCCCAAGUUUUCACUACUCUAGAGGUCACGGAAGUCCCAUCAAGUUCUAACAACACUACCAAUGGAGACAAUCUCGGCACAACUACCGCAUCAGGAGUGUCAAGUGGUCCUUGGGAAACGACGGGUAAAAGCUCUAUCGGGUCUCUCAGGGUUGCUUUCGUUGUGUACGCCAAUGAUGCCAUGUUUCCUUCACCGAGCCUUGCUCUACUCAACCGGGAGACACAGGAGUUCAACCGUGAGAUUAAUACUCCAGUGGUGUCCUUAACAAUCGGCGGACAGAAGAUAGAGAAUCUCAUGGAGCGUGUCAAUAUCACUUUCUAUAGAUUCAAGCCCGACUCACGUUAUCCUACUUGUAACUUCUGGGAGUUUAAUCUUGUUAAAUGGUCUAUGGAGGGAUGUCAACUGUUACUUGAUAACGCCGUCAGAAGCUUCAGUGAUGAAUACUACACAUGCGCCUGCGACCACCUGACAAACUUUGCCGUUUUAGUGGACAUAUAUGCAGAGGACAAACCUCCGAAACCUGCACUCCGUUUAUUGAGUAUCAUUGGGUGUGCUAUAUCAUGUGUGUGUCUGGUCAUCGCUAUCGCGUCCUAUCUUAGUGUCAAGAAGAUACGAAGAUCUCAGACUCACAAGAUUUUCAUCUGUCUUUGCACCACCCUGCUCUGUUUGUACACCGUCUCCCUCGCCAUAAUCGCUCUCGACACGGAGUUCAAGCAUGCCGAGGUCGAGUUGAUACCGUGUACCGUCCUGGCGGCACUCGUCCACUACUUCGUGCUCUCUUCGCUUACGUGGAUGGGCAUUGAGGGGUUUAACACUUAUCUGGUCAUCGUAAAAGUGUUUAAUACUUACAUCCCGAAGUUUAUGAUCAAAGCUUCGAUUGUAGGAUGGGGUAUCCCGGCUGUGAUUGUUGCUGCAACUGGGGGAAUCACUAUGAACUAUUAUGCUGAAGAAGAUUAUUGUUACAUCCGGAAAUGGCCCCUCAUUGGUGGUCUCUUGGCCCCAAUGGCUAUCAUCCUCAUCAUCAAUAUCACUGUGUUCAUCCUGGCAAUGUGUCGUCUGAAAAGUUCUGCACGAUUGGCAGGACGUGUGAAGAAGCACUGCAAGACCGAUCGUCAAGAGACCCUAGAACGGAUCCAGAAUGGCAUCGCCAUGUUGCUCCUGCUUGGCUUCACCUGGACUACUGGAUACCUGGCCCUGAUCAAUUUGGACUACACUGAACUCCUCUUCAUCAUCUUUAACUCCUUGCAAGGCUUCUUCAUCUUCGUCCUCUAUUGUCUUCGAAAGGAGACCAUCAGGAAGCAGUGGCGCCGUUGUAUUUGCUGUGCACUGUUGCGGGAAGGUGGCGGCGCUGAGUCCCACGGAAAUUCUGGACGAACACCAGGAUCUACCAGUGGGACUGGAGGCUCCCAACCUAUGUUUGAAUCUUCGUCUCCCAUAUCUCAUACCAAUCCAUCUUUUGAAAACUCAAAUUAGAUAAAAAAAAAUCCAUCAGGCUGUGAAGAUUCAUGUGCGAGCGAUGUAUCUCUUGUCACUAAUAGCCAGAAAAUGAUAGUAGACAUGAUAGACUUUGAUUUAAAUAAGGUAAUUUCUAAACCCCAAUGCAUUGCCUAUCGAAAUUAUGUUCAGAUUACGUAAUAUGGCUUAUUCGUGUUCCUACAUUUCAAUGUGUAACGCCCAAGUUUAUUAAAAUUGCCUGAAGUUAAUUUGUUUAAAGUCCUAGCGAUCUUGCUGUACAUAAAUGAAACCCUCUGGAAUUUUAUUAAAACGCUUUGUAAUUUGUUAUUUGCUCUCGAUGGUAGGGACUAUCUGACUUGUUGGAAUUAUGUUGUAUGAAUGAGCAUUAUAGGUUGAUACACAAUAAUGCAUUGUGUGAGUGCGGAAGUGUUUGUUUGAAUGAUUAAUUGACACAUUUUUAUAUAAACAUAAUCAUAUGCAAUAACACGAAAGGGUUGUAGAGGGGUAGUAUGUUUGUUUGUUUAGUUUGCUUCAUUGUUAAACAUUUCACAUAGCAAGGUUGUCUCAUGCAUAAGAUUUAACAAGAAAAUACACAAAACAGUGUUAAACAUUUCACAUAGAGAAUCGAUGAUGUGAAAUUAUGAGGAACCUACUUAGUAGCACAGCUUGUAAAUUAUAGGUUCCCGAAAUAAAUACAAAAUAUCGAUUUCUGAUUUCGAUAGCAAAAAAUAACGAAGUAAUAACAGUUUGAGUCACGGACACAUUCGCAUUAUGAAUAACAUGUAGACAAGUUUUGCAGCCACGAUUGAAGUAGGCUACUUGUUGCUGCAAUAUGAAUAUUGUUUAGAUGAGAAUGGCCGAUGGACAUUCCGAUUCCAUUUUAAUGCCCAAAAUACUGUUUUGAUUGUAUUUUCUAAAAUAUUCCUGAUAAUUGUUUUCAAUUAUUGUAAAUUCUAAAUUUUAAAGUAUAUUAAAAGAGCUUUUCUGUCCUGAAAUACGUUACAGAAAAACCCCAAUAUUAUUCGUUUAAUAUUUUUUUUUUUACGUAUUUAUCAUUAUCAUUAUUGAUAAUAUUGAUAUUAUUAUUAUCAUUAUUACCACUAUUAUUGUCUUUAUUAAUCUGUUUUACUUAAUGCUUUAUAAUUACAUCGGAUAUGUCAGCUUUUUAGGCUAAGACAAGAUUAAGAUAUCCCCUAGCUAUGUCGAGUGAUUUGUUGAGUAUAGACGUUCCCGUACCAGCCAAAAUCUACAUGGACAUUGCUGUAAAUAAAAUAAAUACUGUAAGUUUGUACUUGUACCAUUGAUUUUCAUAUUAUAUACAGAA